UCGUGGAGCACGCACCGUGCGGUCUGUAUCGCUCUUCACAAUCGAGUGAGUUUCUCUCGAUAUUUUCACGCCAAAAAAAAAAAACAAAAGCCAACAACUCCGUUUGUAUUGACUAAAUUCAGUUGCGUGCCAAAUUUUAUUGUUCUCGAUUUGCUGGUGGAAUUACGAUAAAUCUAUUCAGCUUUUAAACGUGAAAGGGAACAAGUGAAAGCGAAUCGUGCAAAAGCCGUUAAGAAAGAGUGAACCAAGUCAAAAAAAGACAUUCAAAUUACUUGACAUUUUUCUUCUGAUUUUCGAUUGAACACUUUUUCCAUUUACUGCCCUUUUUUCCCGGAAUUGAUCGAAUGAAAGAUGUGAUUUACGAUAUUUCAUUUCAUUAUCUUAUUUUUUUUGUAAAAGUCAUUUCAUGUGUCAUCUAAAGUCAAUGUUUUAUCGCUUUAUUAGCUGAUCAUUGAAAGGAACUGGUAAAUUUUGUGCGUGUACAUCAACUGAUUAGUGUCAAAAAUUUCGUGUGAAAUUCAUUUCAAUAAUUAAGUAGGCAAAGGCAUUAAUACUUCAAAAUUGAUACAUAAACUGAUUGUUGGAACAUGAAUAAAAGUGAAUUGGUUCAAGUGUUAAAUGAGUUCAUGGCAUAAAGGAAACUUCGUAGCCACGUAUUUUGACAUUUAGCACACAUUUUGGAGUCGGAGCGUUGUUUUUCGGUGCCGUGAAUGAAUUACGGACUCUGGAUAAUACGAUGAUUUUAAAAGAAACGCUAGACAGUUGAACACUUUUAGAAUUUCAUAAUCAUCGACAAAUUACUAUCAUCCGGCAAUCGAUAAAUCCAAGAAUAACAAAGCUUAAACACAAGGAAAUCUAUUUAUUUCAUCUCAUCAAAUCGAAUUAUAGCAAAUUUAUUAUGUUAACUGGUUGGGUACGAUGCCAAAUUUAAACCAUUUGAAACAUCAAUCGCAUGUGUAUCCGGAAGAAAAAAUACCACCGCAAAUCGCAUCGAAAUGAAUGUAAUUGAAAAGGAAAUUAAAUAAAGUACUCGAACAAGAGAGUGAAAGAGGAAAAGGCACACGGCAAACAAUCACAUUGAAUAUAUAUACAUGUAUAGCAAAUAAUCGCAAAACACAGAAACACGCCGCAUCGAAUUUGUCAAAAUAUUUAUCUUAGACAUUUAAUAUCAUUGCCAUCAUUUGUCAGUUUGUUUUGAAUGAAUGGUGUAAUGUAAGUCAUCCAACGCAUUCACACAACCACGCAUACAUUCACUUAUUAGCGCAAGCAGAAUUACGACGAUAAAAGCUGCACGAAAAUUCCAUAAUGCCCAGCAUAAAUUCAACGCACAUUACAACGGAAAAAUUAAUGCCAAUGGUUGAGGCAACAACAAAGGCGGCCGCCGUUGUGGCCAUUCCAAUUACCACAACCACAUCAACAAUCAUCAAAAAUCUGUCGGUGGCCAGUUCAAAUGGACAAAAGCGGACAAUCAUCAUCUAUCCGACGGUGUCACCUGAAUCGAUAGUCAUCCCGAUUGUGUCGUGUAUUUUUGGCUUCCCAUUGUUGGCUCUGUUGGUGAUAUGCUGUUUGCGUCAUCGCGCUAAAAUGGCACGCGAACGGGAUCGUCGUCGUAACUAUGAUUUACAGGACCAUGCUGUCUCGCUUGUGAGAUUUAGUCCUAUCCAUAGGCUCACUAACCGUACCACGAGAGCUGUCAGUUUACGUUCUGAACGAAGCCUCAGCAGAGGAUUUCCCUCGUUAGAUUUGGAUACAGUGUUGGAGGAACGCAGCGAUCAGGAACAGACACAGACUGAUUUAAUGACGCCCGAAUCACCGUCAGACCCACAUUAUAGAGCUUGUGAAUCUAGUAGUAGCUAACAAAUAGUUAAUACAACCGCUUCAUCGUCGUUUUCCAUCAGUUAUACCAUAAAAGUAAAUGGCAUCGAUGAUCCAAAGUCGAUAAAUAAAAAUUUGCCUUUAGUAUCAACCACACGCUUAACCAAUGAAAUUCAAGAAAAAACAACGGCCCAUUCAUUUAAUUCUAUAUCGAAACGACGAAAUCGCACCACAAACGGCGUUGCCAUAAUUCAACGGUCGAAAAGCUUUGAUAACGUUAAAAACGGCAUUAGACAGCGUAAAAUCCUACAUAAAAGUAAAACACUUAGCAGUAUAUCACAUUGUCCGAAGAAAAAACGAUGCAUUGAAAAUGGCAGUAGCGAUUGCUUAAAUGAACGACAUCGCGAUAGUAAACGACGUCGAUUAUUUCAAUCGCACAUUGAUCAAUCACCAUUAUGGACAACAUUAACACAUGCACGAACAAUAAGCGAUUUCACAGCAGUUGAUUCGAUUUUAAAUUAAUUUUAUUAAUUCCAUGUCAGUUCUAUGUGUGAGCGUUCAUCAUUUAAAAUUUAACUUGGACUGUGCUUUAAACAUUUCAUUGUCAUGCUUUCGCUUCUCGGAAUCCACUUCAAUUGAACCAAGUUAAAUUAUGUCAGACGAAUUUUAAAUUACCUGUACAUACACAAAAAUAAAUAACAAAAUAUUUGAAAUGA